GCCAAAGUAGUAAAUGUCAAACCGGCGGUUAAAAACAUCAAAACAAAUCGAAAUUUUUUGAAUUCAAGAUGGAUUGUCGAUUAUACGAUACGAAAUUAGCAAAUCAUCAAUUAUUUAAAGACCUUAAAGAAAGUUUGAAAGAAGAUAGUGGUGAUAAAUUGCGUAAUUUGUUUGCUCUUAAGGACGAUGUUCUGUAUGCUUGGAAUUCUAUAGAAAACUGCCUGUUUUGUAUUAAUCUGAAACGUCUGGAAGAUCACGAUGAAGAAAUACCAUAUCAGAAACUCCAUCUACUUUCGCCACCAGCGUUCACCGUCGAGCAUAUCGUGAGCAGCGAGUGCGGAAGUCGGCUCUGCCUCUGGGGGUCCAGAGGAGUUACAGUCGCAGAGUUGCCGUCGAGAUGGGGCCGCGACGGUUUAUUCGAAUCCGGCAGCCAAACUAUUUUAUGCAAGAGCUAUUCAUUGGACGAGAGGUUCCUGUACUCGCAGGGGGAGAUACACAGAGUGCAUUGGCAUCCGAAAUCAUUGUCGCAUCUGCUCGUACUCGUGUCUGACAACACGAUGAGACUGUACAACAUAGCACUGAAAAACGGUCCGAAAUUGGUAAAGAUCUUCACAAUCGGACCGAAGCCGUCCGGAUCGCUGGGUCAGACGGUCCUCGACAGCUUAGGUGAUACGGCUAUCGACUUCACACCUACGCCGGACGCCGAACACUUGCUCAUACUCAGUGGCAACGGUGACGUUUACAUGUUGCAGUGUAACUUGGAUAAUAAUGGGCUACAAGCGAAGUUGAAAGGUCCUCUGCCAAUGUACCCUCCAGCGGAUGACAACUACGGCUCGGAGUCCUGUGCAAUCACAGCCCUCGGUGGCAUCGACACCCCCACCCUCGUAGUGAUAGCCAGCGCGUCCGCAGCACUGUACCACUGCCUACUACUACCAAAUUCGUCAGAUGAACAAGACGACAGCCACGCCCUCUACGUGGUGGAGUCCGUGGAGCUGAACGUCACGCUGGAUGACGAUUCCGCCAUGCAGUACAUGUGCCCAAUGCAAUUGUACCCGGCGGGUCGCAGCACGUACGCGUGCGUGCACGCGGGCGGCCUGCACUGCGUGGCGCUGCCCGUGCUGGAGCGCCUGGCCGAAUACGCGCUGGCCGACGAAGGAGAGUGCGAGUGGCAGGUGCGGUCGCUGUGCGUGCGCGCCAGCGUCGCGCGCCACGUGCUGCGCUCGCGCGCGCCGCGCGGCCUCGCGCUGCGCCGCGCCGCGCCCGCCGCGCUGCUGCUGCUCACGCACGCCGCCGACCUGCUCGCCAGGACCAUUGAACCAUAUAAUCUAGAAGAGCAAUUAUUCAGAGCGGUGCAGAUGAGGAAUCCGGCUUUAGAGGAAGAUGAAAUCAAUAGCAUGAUUAAGGAGAGGCAAAAGUUGUCUUUCAUGACGAUAAUACAAGAAGUUUUGGAAAGGAAAGUCUCCCAGCCGAUACUCAAGUUGGACAAGAAGGAAGAGCCCAGUCCUAAGGAAUGCUUGGAGCUGCUGACGCAGUCGACGGUGAGGCUCCGCGGCGAGUACAUGUCGCGCCAGCAGCGCGCCAGCGACGUCAUCGCGCGCAAGCUGACCGCGCUGCGGGCGCUGCAGCAGCAGCAGCAGCACUGGCGGCGAGACCUGCUGGUGGAGGUCGAGAACCUGAGACUCAACUCGGCGGUCCUGAGAGAGAAACGUGACCUCGCCGAGAAACAUCAGGAGGACCUGAAGUAUAGGUGCUCGGCGGCGGUGCGCGCGCUGCGCUCGGGCGGCGUGUCGGCGGAGGAGCGGCGCGCGGUGGGCGAGCUGCUGCAGCACCAGCGCGCCGCCGCCGCGCUCGCGCUGCGCCUGCACGCGCUGGCGCAGCGCGCCGCCCAGCGGGACCUGCAGCUGAAGAAAUGCCAAGAGGAAUAUAAGAAGAAGGACACCGUCUUGGGGAAGUCUCACAGCGAUACCAUAUCUUCGAUACUCCAACAGCAAACCACUCAGAUAUCAAAAAUCAUCGAAGAAACGAAGCUGCUGAAGGAUCAACUCGGAGUCGUCUAAACCACCGACACUACUCAUUAAUUCAUUUCAUGUCAUUGAAUAAUAAACCUUUACUUUUAAUUUUCUUUAAUUUCACACGAUUUUGAUUUAUAGAAUAAAAAUAGUUUUUUUUUAAGGUUUCGCUUGAGUUUGUUAUAA